AUGGAUAGAGCCUAUCAAGGGUACACUGUUAAAGUAUGUGAUUUUGGAUUAGCUCGAACACGAAAUGAAACGACACGUCAAACGAAAUCUAAUCAUGCACUGGCCUAUACACUGCCAUGGACUGCUCCAGAAAUACUUCGUUUAGAAGACUAUUUAGAUAAAAGCGACAUUUAUAGUUUGGGAGUCGUUUUUUGGGAACUGACAAGCAGAAAAAUACCUUAUUAUGAUCGUCAAGAUGAUAUCAUUCGUGCAUUCGUGCUGGCUGGUGACCGUUUGAAGAUACCAGAAAGUAUUCCAUCAACUUUUCGUGAGCUAAUCAAGAAAUGUUGGGCACAAAAUCCGAUCGAUCGACCUAACAGCUCUGAUCUGAUCGAAAUAAUUCAAGAGUGCAUUCACGUUCAAGGUAAUUCCUAUCCAUUCUUGAUUUAUUGUGACGAAACAUGGAGAGUUGGGCAACAUUGGAAUCGGUGAUAAAAAUGAUCAUUUCUAGCAGAAAAAUGACCUCCAGGUCAAAAAUGCUCCUUACCCCAUGACAAGCCCAAAGAGAGAGUUAAUUUGAACCAAAUUAAUGAGAUCCACUUACAAAAAAAUGAUCUUUUUCAGCACAAACAUGGGCACGAAAAAUGUUAAAAUGAUUCAGUACACCAGAAAGAUUUAUUAUCACUCCUCAAAUAUACGGGCAAUCUCUAGAGAAAAAAUGAAAAUGAAGCAGAAAAAUGAUCUUUUUCAGCGAAAAGAUGGGUUACAAUAGUAUUAAAAUGAAUUAGAACACAAGGAGAAAAUCUUCAGCAGGACGGAAAAGUCCGCUGAAGGAAGGAAAAUCAUAUUGCUCGUUACAUAUACGUAAUAGUAUUAUGCAUGUGAUUUUAGUAGUUGAACAUUUUGUAGAAUAUAAUCAUGUAUCUAGUUUAAAUUUAUCGAAACAUUUCUUCUAUGUAUCGGAAUGAAAUAGAUAUUGCGAAAGAAGACAUCUUAAACCGAAUAGAAAAGUCCACUGAAACAAACAAAUGUCCUUUGUCCAUCAAAUAUAUUUAUUUAUUACAUGUCGCUAUCUAAUUCAAUAGUUGUAUAAUGUUUCUUGUGUGCCUUUAAGUAAAAUAAGUUGUACAAAAAAAACGAAUCUUUAUGGGAAUAGAAGAGUUCGUUGAAAACAGAAAUCUAAAUGCACACCAGCGAUAGAAGAAAUUAUGAACGUAUGCGUUUUGUUCUUUGUUGUGAUCGUAUGUAAACGAUACCUCGAUAUAUACAUAUAUCUAUCUUCCAUACUAAUGUAUAGACAGAAAGGAAAGAAAAAUGCAUUUUUGAUCCGAACGACAUUUUCCCGCUAGAUAUGAGCAUUUUUCUCAGCAAUCGAAAAGUCACCCACUGCUGCUGAAAGUAUACGAUUCUGGCUGAGCAUAGAAAACUGAGUAGAAGAUUGUGAGUUGGUUAUAUCUAGAAUUAAUAAAAAAUAAAGUCUCUCCAACGCAGAAUGCUCGAGCAAACAUCUCCCAAAGAAACGUUUUCUCUAUUCUCUUUGCAUUCCAUCUGAUAUCCGGUUACACUCAAGUGAAUGGUAAUUAUAACGAUGACUUUAUUUAUUUAUUUCAUUACAGUUUAAAGUCAAUCACUAUUCGGCUCAAGAAAAAUGCAGUCAUUCACUAACAUUUACUAAACUUGAAAUAAAUACAUCGAUAAGAUACUUUUUUCGUAUGAGGAUACGGGUGAGGGUGGAAAUCAGUAAAAGGAUGCAAUCGUUAAUAAUUUUCCAAUGUUGGCCAGCUGAAAUUUCAAAUACUUCAGAAGUCGGAAAAGAAUUUAAAACUUGAAUUAAUUUUUUCAAUCAGUCAAUAAAUUCAAGAAACUCUACACGCCCUAUACUUCGGUUACAUCUUGUAGAUUCUAUGUGGCUUAGAUAGAUCCAUGAUGCACAGCAACUAGAUUACAAAUCUUAGAGAAUGUUCGCUAAAUUGGUGAAUAAAUACAGAUAUCCAUUCGUAAGAAGAGAAACAUCUGAUUUAUCACGGAAACAAAAAUUCUAUGAGAAAUAAACAGAUUCAUUCACUGGUGGCGAGAGUAUCACCCGGAUGUGUGUGCAGUUCAGAGCAUCUAUUAAUAAGCAUCUUGAUGAUUUUAUCUAGUCUUUCAUGAGAAGAGUUUGAACUCAACGUCGUAUCUAAUUAAUAUGAUUGGAAUACGAACUUCCAAUGCACCUAGGUAAUUUUUUCGAUUGUGUUUAAUUAGUAAGAAACUUAUUUUUAAAACUUUAUUCAUAAACCUAUACAACAGUGCAUUAAUGAUUCUCGAUUUUUUUUCAGUACAGCUAAAAUUUAGAUCAAAAUAAAUAGCAUAAUCAGAGUUAACACAAAAACCUACGUCAGAUCAUAAAUAUUUCAGUUAUAAAACUUUUUGAUGAAAAAUGUACUCAUGCUAGAUUACAGGAAGAGUUUAGCAAAGACAAUAGUGAGGAAGCUACAUCUACCUUUUUUACUAAAAUAACGGGUGGCCCAGAAUAAAUGAAGAUCUCAGUAUUUCGCUAAUAUCUCGCUCAAUUUUCAUUGUACAAGAUUAAAUUUUUUUCUAAAAGAUGCGCCCCCCCAUUCUUGCCCAAGACG